AUGUCUCUCGUUCUCGUCUGGUCUUUCUUCGCCUUCUCCUCAAAUUCCCCAAACCUCAGCUUCUCCGCCGUCAAAACCGAAGAGUCUACCAAAUGUUCUCGUGGAAUCGAUAUGCGGUACGAUCCAACCGACCCGGUUUUCUACGACGACCCGGAUCUAAGUUAUACAAUCGAGAAGCCGGUUAAAGGCUGGGAUGAGAAACGAAGACGGUGGUUAGAGCUGCAUCCGUCGUUUAUCCCCGGAUCCGAGAACCGGACGGUUAUGGUAACCGGGUCACAAUCCGGACCCUGUAAAAACCCUAUCGGAGACCAUCUAUUGCUCCGAUUCUUCAAAAACAAAGUCGAUUACUGUCGAAUCCAUGGCCACGACAUCUUCUACAGCAACGCGCUUCUUCACCCGAAGAUGAAUUCGUUUUGGGCGAAACUUCCGGCGGUAAAAUCGGCGAUGAUUGCUCAUCCGGAGGCGGAAUGGAUCUGGUGGGUUGAUUCCGAUGCUCUUUUCACCGACAUGGAUUUUACUCCGCCGUUUCGCCGUUACCGUAACCAUAACCUCGUCGUUCACGGCUGGCCUGGCGUUGUUUACGAUGAUCGAAGCUGGACGGCGUUAAACGCCGGCGUCUUCCUCAUUCGAAACUGUCAGUGGUCUAUGGAGCUGAUUGACACGUGGACGAGUAUGGGCCCAGUGAGUCCUGAGUAUGCUAAGUGGGGACAGAUCCAACGGUCAAUUUUUAAAGAUAAGCUGUUUCCGGAGUCAGAUGAUCAGACGGCUCUGAUUUAUCUGCUGUUUAAACACAGAGAGGUGUAUUAUCCUAAGAUAUACCUCGAAGGAGACUAUUAUUUCGAAGGGUAUUGGUUAGAGAUCGUACCGGGUUUAGCUAACGUGACGGAGCGGUAUCUGGAGAUGGAGCGAGAAGACGCCACGUUGCGCAGGAGACACGCGGAGAAAGUGAGUGAACGAUACGCUGCGUUUAGAGAGGAGAAGUUUUUGCGAGGAGAAAGAGGCGGGAAAGGAAGUCUACGGAGGCCGUUUGUGACGCAUUUCACGGGAUGCCAGCCUUGCAGUGGAGACCAUAAUAAGAUGUACGAUGGUGACACGUGUUGGAAUGGGAUGAUCAAAGCCAUUAAUUUCGCUGAUAAUCAAGUGAUGCGUAGGUAUGGUUUCGUACACUCGGAUCUAGGCAAGACUUCCCCUCUUCAACCUGUACCGUUCGAUUAUCCUGAUGAGCCCUGGUGA